CAGCGGAGUCGCUAGCACUUGGCCUCGAAAAAUCUGCUUUUUCAUGGACACGCAACAGAAUCACGGAGCCUCCCUCACAGGUUCCACUCCUGGAGAAGAUGCAGGAGAUAAAGAAACGAGGUGCGAUCGCAGUACUCGGCGCACUGUGAUCCUCAUGGAGGCCGAUGCCGCAGUCUACAUGAAUUUCAUGAAAAGUCACAGCUGCUAUGAUGCCAUUCCAACCAGCUGUAAACUGGUCAUAUUUGAUACCAAACUACAAGUGAAAAAAGCCUUUUUUGCACUGGUUGCAAAUGGCUUGAGGGCGGCUCCGUUGUGGGACAGCAAGUUGCAGAGAUUUGUGGGUAUGCUGACCAUUACAGAUUUCAUCAACAUCCUCCAUUUCUAUUACAGGUCCCCUAUGGUUCAGAUGUAUGAGCUGGAGAGCCACAAGAUCGAGACAUGGAGAGAUGUCUACCUAAAGUGCUCCGAUCACAUCCUCAUUAGCAUUUUCCCAGAGGCCAGCCUCUUUGAUGCCAUAUAUUCCUUACUUAAAUAUAAGAUCCACAGGCUGCCAGUCAUGGAUCCAGAGUCUGGAAACGUCUUGCACAUUCUUACCCACAAAAGAAUCCUCAAGUUCCUCCACAUAUUUGUGAGCAAGCAAAUGUUUAGCAUGCGAUUUACACACUUGCUUUUUUUCCAAUUCAUUUUGUUAAUGUCUGCAUGCAUUAACUUUCUUCUACUUUGCCGUUUUCAGAAAACAAAAGUUCCCGCGCCUGCAUUCAUUGGAAGGCAGAUCCAGGAGCUUGGGAUCGGAACGUUCAGGAACAUCGCCACAGUUCGGCAAACGGCAACGCUUUACGAGGCCCUCGCCAUUUUUGUGGAAAGGCGGGUGUCUGCGCUGCCUGUGGUGGACGAACAAGGCAAAGUGGUGUCCCUCUACUCAAGAUUCGAUGUGAUUAAUCUAGCAGCCCAGAAGAGUUACAACAAUCUGGACAUGCCGAUGCAGGAGGCCAUUCGCAGGCGCACAAGUUUUGUUGAGGGAGUAAUCAAGUGCUACGCUGAUGAAACCUUGGAAACCAUCAUAGACCGGAUAGUCAACGCUGAGGUGCAUCGGCUGGUCAUGGUGGACAGGGCUGACGUGGUGACUGGCAUCAUCUCUCUGUCUGACCUGCUGCAGGCCAUGGUCUUAACCCCAGCAGGUAUUCAUGCCCUCUGGUCCUCCUAGCACCAGAGAACAGAGGGGCCCCCUCCCCUCCUUUACCACCUGUGUGGUUCUGGUCGUGUAUUCAGCCAGAAAUCAAUUUGAGAACUGAGAAGACAAGAGGAAGAUCAAUCCCCUUACUGUGCUAAUUUACAUUAAUAUGUCUUUAAGAUUGAUGUGCUGUGUUCAAGAAACAAUAUUACCAGUGAGCUGACCUUGAUACUGCAAUGAAUCUCUAUAGGUAUCCAUCAAAAUGUCUAUAUUGGCUGCAUUUGGUCAAAUUGAUCAAUACUGUAUAUUUCUGUGUUAAACAUUUUUAUCAAAACUCA